UAAAUUGAACUAUAUUGGAUUUAAAAAGUAUCGUAUGCGGCUUGUUAACCGCGAGUCGGAUCGGCUCACCACUAUCUGAGUGUGCAAAUUUUUUCGCAUUGAAUGGUAAUAUCGGUGGCAGCCGGCAAACAAAGUAAUACUUUUGUAACGUGAUAACCAGGAUAAUACCAGACCACACAUGGAACCAUCGUUAGACAACUACAAGCUGAGCUGCGAGCUCCUGGGUCAUAGCAUGGAUGUGCGGGCUGUUGCGGUGGGUGGUGGAACAUCUGAAGGAGGGCAAAUUAUUUUGUCCGGUUCAAGGGACAAGAGCACAAAGCUGUGGAAACCGUUUGGAAAUGAAUACUUGGAGAGCGUUACUCUGCAGGACCACAAGAACUUCAUUUCGUACAUCUACUACCUAGAGUCGGAGCAGUGGAUCUGCACCGCCAGCAAUGAUGCCACUAUUUGUAUUUACAAGCAGGAUGGAUUUGUGCCUUUACUCACCCUCAAGGGUCACGGAUCAACAGUGUGCGCCCUCUCGGAAGGAUUGGAGGCACGCAGCCUCAUCAGUGGUAGUUGGGACAAGACUGCCCGAGUGUGGACCAUUAGUGAGGCAGGUGAUGUGACUUUUAUUCCCUUAGAGGGACACGAGGCGGCCGUUUGGGCAGUAGCUACCUUAAAGGAACAGGGAAAGUAUGUAACCGGUGGAGCCGACAAGAACAUCUACUACUGGAACGCAAAAGGCGAGAAGUUGCGACUGCUCAAAGGACAUACGGAUUGUGUAAGGGGGCUCAUCGGUCUGGAGGCCAACACUCUGCUUUCCUGCGGAAAUGAUGCUGUUCUUCGGUUUUGGAACGAGGAUGGCGAGUGCGUCCGUCAGUUGAGCGGACACGCAAACUAUAUAUAUUCAAUGGAUAGAAAUAAGGCUCUGGGAGAUCAGGUGGUGGUCUCCUGUGGCGAAGACAGCACUUUACGCAUGUGGAAUGUCAUAACUGGUGAUGAGCUGGGUGCCCCUAUCAUCCAUCCAGCCAUUUCUGUGUGGUCUGUGGCCUGCUUGAAAAACGGAGACAUCGUCACCGGUUGCAGCGACGGUGUGGUAAGGGUAUUCAGCCAGGAUCCGGCUAGACAAGCUAGCGAGGGCGUCCUAAAAUCCUUUGAUUUGGCAGUGGCUACCAGGAAGUCACAGAUGAAUGAAGAUAUUGGAGGCAUUAAGAAGACAGAUCUUCCAGGUCCGGAAGCCCUUUUGUCUAAUGGAACCCGAGAAGGGCAAACGAAAAUGGUGCGGCAUCCGGAUGGUUCCGUAAAGUGCUAUAUCUGGAAUACGGGCAACUGGAAUUUUGUGGGCGACGUUACUGGUGCUUCUGGGGGCACACAGGCUAGCUCAGGCAAAAAGCUACAUGAGGGCAAAGAGUACGACUUUGUGUUCAACGUUGACAUCUCCGACACGGAACCACCAAUUAAGCUACCCUACAAUCGAGGCGAAGAUCCUUGGCAGGCGGCCCAGACAUUUAUUCAUCGCAAUAACUUGCCACAGGCCUACCUCGACCAGGUUGCCAACUUUAUUGUAAAGAACUCGAAUAGUGCGCCUGUGAUGAUGGAGCAAGCGCCUACUGGUUAUCAGGAUCCAUUCACUGGAGGUUCGCGCUAUGUUCCUGGUUCAAGUAAUACGAAUGUGAGGAGUGGUGGAAAUGUAGAUCCUUUUACGGGCGCAUCAAGCUACUCCACAUCAGCUAGCAAUGCUCCGUCCCAGGUAGACGUAAACUUUGUUCGAUCCGGUGACAAGCACUUUCCUGUGAGCAGCUACCGCACUUUUGACGCCUGUGAUGCAAAGAAGGUGCUUGAUAAAAUGAAGGAGUUCAAUAAUAAGCUAACCCCUGCCGAUGGUAAGGUUGGAGAAGAAAUCAUCUUGGCUGUAAUCAAACUCACUGAGCAAACGCCGGAACUAGAUCUGACCUCACUUGAAGCCUUAAUCAUCCUACUGAAGUGGCCAGCGGCCAUGCUCUUCCCCGUACUAGACAUCCUGCGCCUGGCUGUUCGGAAUGAGCCCAUCUUUAGUGUCUUAAAUAACAGCCAUAAUUUCCUGGAAACCAUCAUCCCCAACCUGGCAGGAUCAGCAGCCAACCAGCUAAUGGUUGUGCGCUGCCUGGCCAAUAGUUUAGGUCACGCCACAGGACGUCAACAGGUUGAGUCUCGUCUGCCGGAGAUCAUUGACCUUGUUGGAACGAUCAAGACGGGUAGUGCCAACCUGCAGAUUGCAGUAGCAACCUUCUAUUUGAACCUCACAAUAUCGCAAACCAUGAGCGUGGCAAAAUCGGAGGUUUGUCAUGUGGUUACGUCCGGUGUAGUGGAAUUUCUGAAAUGGGCCAAGGACCUGGAGGCGUGCUACCGUUCCAUGCAGGCCAUCGGCAAUCUGACUACAACUCCCUGUGGUCAGGAGACCAUUGCACAGGUAGUGUCCGUUGACUAUGUGAUGGACAAGCUCAGAGAACUAACCAACACACCGCAGGACGCGAACUUCAGCAAAGUGAACUUAGUGGGCCAGGCAUUGCUGGCUGCAUUCUAGGAUCUCUGCCGUACUCUAUUUUUUGUAUAAUCUUUCUAAAUUAAGCAUAUAUUGGAGAAUGUUUUUGCUAAAUACAGAGUAUACAAGCUAA